UGUUGUACGCUCUCUUCCUUUCUAUAACAACAUGGUUUCUGCAGUAUGAUGCCUUGUAUUGUAUUUACUGACUCCACAUGAAACAUGGUGUCAGAAGCAUCUGAAUCUGUGCUGUCUUUAUACAUUUGAUGCAUGCCAGUCUAGCACUUGUGGCCCUAUCCUGGAAGCCGAGUAUUUGAAACCAGGAAACCAGCAUUAUGGCAGCUGCUAACAGCAUUCCACUGCCUGAAGCAAUGAGGGUCAUUCAAGCAAGGGAAGCUGUGCAUCUCACCUAGUCUAUGCAAGUGGAACCCCCGGAGGAGAAGGUUUACAUAUCCCAUGUGUGGAAGAAAGAACCUGUUUUUCUGCUGGUGGACACAACUGAGAGAUCUCAAGAAAUCCCUCAACCUCCUCCUGUGGAAAUAACAGAACUAAUGCCACCACCACCAGCAGAAGCUGAAGCUGAAGCUCUGGCUCUGGCUCCGGCUCCGGCUCCGGCUCCAGAGCCUGUGAAAAAGGCCAGUUCAAAGAAACUGUGCGUACCUGUAGAGUUAUACAUACGGCAUAGUAUUUCUUUACUUGAAGGUCUGAAAAAGAGACCCCAACCAGUGAAACUUCUCCAAAGACGGAGUCUGAAAAAGAGAGCCCAACUAGUGAAACUUCUCCAAAGACGGAAAUGAAUUGACAGACUCAGAAUGUUUGAGGGCUUAUGAAGAAUGGGAGGAUGACCAGCCUUUUGUGGAGUUUACAUACCCCCCAAGGGGCCCAGCAUGAGAAGAGCCCCCAGCCAUGCACAAGCUACAUAACAUGAAUGCUGUUAGGAGAGCCGGCCAGCAAAAAUGCAUGGAGGUGGACUU